AAACCGGUUCUAUUUACACCAUCCUUUUGAGAACUGCAUGCUGAUGUUUUUAAACAGUUAGGUUUGAGCUUUGGACGAUGAAACAAAGAGUGUCCCAUGAAAGAGACCCUUAAUGAUGGAAAACAACAACAUUCCCUACUUUUCUUUUCUUUUUUUCUACUUCCGUUUUCAGUACUUGAAACCUAGUAUAAAAGGCAAGGAUUGAGGAUGAUGGUCUUGUCGUCAUCAUCGAACUUGUUUCAUGUAGUAGAAAAGUACAGAACUUUUUGGGCGACCCCUGAAGAUAGAAUUUUUCAGAAUUGGUAGCAGUUAAAACAAAGGGAAAGAAGAUAGAGAGAGUAAAUGAAGGAAUUGUGUGUGUUGCAGGCUUUUAAAUCUCGAGAACAUUUAGUAAAAAAAAUAAAGGGUGUGAGAAGAGAACGUGGGGUGUUGGGGUCCCUAUGGUGGGGACUGAUGGGGGAGAGAGACAAAAGAGAGAGAGAGAGAAAAAGGGAGGGCCCACACACCGCCCAUGCGCAUGUUGUCUUACCAAAACUAAACCCAUCAUCAUCAUCAUCGAUGCAAUGCCUGCCUUGACCUAACCCUAACCCAACAAACCCACACAUCAUAGCUACAAAGCACAAUCGAGACCCAAACCCAUAAACCACCUUUCUCUUCCAUUUUUUGACUAUUUUCUUAACCCCCAAUCACUGUUCAUCUUCGUUUCCUCCCAAAACCUUAACCAAUUCAACUUAGAUCUUCAUACCGGAAAGGGAAGAUGAGGUUGAUGAAACAGCUGAAAAGUUGCUGCCAGGUGAUGCUUCUUCAAACCCUUUUUUGGUAAAACCUGCAGUUACUCAAUCAGUCAAAAUUACCCAGAAAAAGAGGAAACGAAGAUAUCAACCUUAUUAGAAUUUCAGUGGGUUUCUUUCUUGCAUGUGUGUUAGCUGAUUGUUUGAUUAGGUUUGAGCUUUGAAGGGAAGAAACAAAAGAGAACAAAUGGACCCAGUAACAGCUCAUGGCCGCCCGCUUCCUCCUCCUUUCCUCACAAGAGAUCUUCAUCUAAACCCGCAACAUCAAUUUCAACAUCACCACAACCAACAACAACAGCAAAGCUCCGAGGACGAACAAAGCCGUGGCCAGAAACGAGAUCGAGAAGAAACAGCCACCACUAUGGGCGGCGGUGCCACCGACACGAGUGAAGGCAAAGAACUGGCUGUAGUCCCUGGGGCCGAAGGUGAAAUCACGAGAAGACCACGAGGGAGGCCCGCUGGUUCCAAGAACAAGCCUAAGCCACCCAUCAUCAUAACCCGUGAUAGUGCCAAUGCCCUCCGAUCCCAUGUCAUGGAAAUCGCAGACGGCUGUGAUAUUAUGGAGAGCGUUUCGACUUUCGCCAGGCGAAGACAAAGAGGGGUUAGCAUUUUGAGUGGGAGCGGAACCGUAACGAAUGUGACCUUAAGGCAACCAGGAGCACCCGGUGCUGUCGUGACUUUACAUGGAAGAUUCGAAAUUUUAUCACUUUCUGGCUCGUUUUUACCUCCUCCAGCACCGCCGGCUGCAUCGGGGUUGACCAUAUAUUUAGCCGGCGGCCAAGGUCAGGUAGUUGGAGGAGCGGUGGUGGGUCCACUUGUUGCUUCAGGUCCAGUGGUGAUGAUGGCAGCUUCUUUUGGUAAUGCGGCAUAUGAAAGGCUUCCAUUGGAGGAAGAGGAACAACCAGCCGCCGGACCGGUUCCAGGAAGUGGACCCUUAGGCUCCCCUGGAAGCAUGGUUGGUCAACAACAGCCGCCUCCGCCGCAGCAGCAGCAACAGCUAUUAGAAGAUCCAAACGGAUCUUUUGCUCAAGGAUUGCCACCAAAUCUUCUAAACUCAGUCCAAUUGCCAGCUGAAGCCUACUGGGGCACAGGUUGGUCCAGGGAAAAGAUGUCAAAUCAUGAUACGAAGAAAGCAAGGUGAUUGGGAGGUUAUGGGCUUAGGGUUUGCUGCCAUGCCAUUCCACUAUGAUUUAUUUAUUUCUCCCUAACCUGCUAGGGUUCACUAUAGAAUCUAAGAUGAACAUCGGAUACUGUGCUAUAAGUGCACAGCUCUUACUAAUACAAAAAAAAACUCAUUUUCGAGGCAACCAUUACCAUAGACAAACUGAUCUCAAGCGUUAAAGUUUUUUAUUUUGAUUUUUUGCCUUAUCUAUUUCUCUCUCUU